AUGUCAGGCCGCGGGAAGCUGAUCGCGGUGGUGGGCGAUGAGGAUACGGUGACCGGGUUCUUACUGGGAGGGGUGGGGGAACUGGACAAGCACCGCAAACCCAACUUCCUGGUGGUGGAGAAGGAGACGAGCCUGGCUGAGAUCGAGGAGACCUUUCGGAGCUUCCUGAACCGGGAGGACAUCGGGAUCAUCCUGAUCAGCCAGUGCCUGGCCGAGCUCAUUCGGCACGCCGUAGAAGCCCACUCCCGCCCCCUGCCAGCUAUCUUAGAGAUCCCCUCCAAGGAACACCCCUACGACCCCGCCAAGGACUCCGUCCUACGCCGAGCCCGCGGCCUCUUCACCCCCGACGACCUCCGCUAAAGACAGCCCCCACCCAUCCCUGCACCCCCCGAGAAAGCCCCACCCGGGGGGGUGGUGUCUGCAACCCGCCCCGGAAGUCUUCAGUAUGCUGCUGGGGGUUCUCAUCGCACCCCGAGGGUCCAUGUCCCACCCCAGGGUGAUGCUGGGAGUCCUUAUCCCAUCCUGGGGUCUUCAUUCCACCGCAGGGUGAUCCUGGUGGUCCUUGUCCCUGUCCCAGCCCAAAGUACUGCUGGGGGAGUCCAUGUCCCACUCCAGAGUAAUGAAGGUCUUCAUCUUACCGUAAGGAUCCCUAGCGUGCUGUCAGAGGUCUCCCCCUCAUCCUCAGGGGGACAUGUCCUGCCCAGGGUGCUGCUGGGGAUCCUUAUCCCAACCCGAGUGUCCAUGUGCCACCCUAGGGUGCUGUUGGAAGUCCCCAUCCCACCUUGAGGGUCCACAUCCCAUUUCAGGAUACUGCUGGGUGGUCUGUGCCCCACUCUGGGAUGCUGCUGGGGAGGGGGGGUCCAUAUCCCACUCCAAGGUGCUGCUGGGAGUCUCCACCUAACCCUAGGGUGCUGCCAGGGGCAUUCUGCAUGGGCUGGGGGGGUCGCAUGACACUGGCUCAGCCAGCCCGUGACUGUGACAGGCACUGGAAGGGGAAGUGCUGCCAGAUCCUGCUGGAUCCUGCCUGCUCCUGCCCAUCCCUGCUGGUGCAGGCAGGAAGUUGACGUUCCCAGG